CUGUCCUGAGAGCUCUUCUCGUUCCAAACAGGUUAGAAAAGCAUAUUGAGGAGGCAGCACUGAAGGUCAGACGCGUUGUUGAGCAGAUUGUUUUAAACGCACGACCCCAGCGGUGCAGCCUCGGGGACUGGGCCAUGGUGGCCCUGGUGCAGUCGGUCUGGCUCUUGGUGCUUCUGACGCCAGCGUGCCGUGGAGGAGACCCACACCCGGCUCCGGAUAAUAUGUCUCCAAUUAUGAACCUGAAGCUAGAUUCAAGGAAAAAGAUGUUAACCUGGAAUUACAGGAGACACGUGUCUCAGCAGAACUGCAGCAUACAGACUCCGGGGGAUCCUGACACCAGCACUGUCCCACGGGUCGGUGACAACGACACGUACUUUUGCACCUUUCCCAACGCCGUGCUGCACAGAGGGGCCAGCCUGAGGGUGCGAGGCAUCUCCGACGGGGACGCGUUCCAGGAAGUCUUGACCUUUAAUAACUCAGGCGUAGAAGGCACCGGGGCCGUGAACUUCUCCUGCCUCAUCUACGACGUCCGCUUCAUGAACUGCAGCUGGGCGCCCGGCCCCGCCGCGCCCGCCGACGCGCAGUACCGGCUCUACGCCUGGCUCUCCGCGGACGACGAGGAGAAGGAAUGUGUCCACUACAUCACUGACUCAACAGAGACACACGUGGGCUGCCACUUUGAUCAGCUCGGGGAACCCAAGAGGACGGAUAAUUACUUCUUCUUUGUGAACGGGACCAGCAAAGACACGGCUAUCGAGUUCGUGGAUUUUACCCCAUUUGUAGCUGUGAACAUGGAGAAGUACAACCCCCCAGCAAACAUCACGGUGCGCUACAACGGCUCAAACCACAUCAUCCGCUGGGACAAUCCCGUGAUCAGAUUCGACCUCGCAAGUCACAUCUUGUAUUACGAGCUGGACCUGCAGAGAAAGGGCGGUUUCCCAAAGAAAGACCCCGUUUUCCAGAGAGGACAAGAUCGAAACGUGUACCUGGUGCCCGGUUCUGAGGCGAAAAUGCAGAGCACCUUGCGGAUGCGAGUCCGGCACCUGCGCAACAAGAUCUGGAGCGAGUGGACCGACCCGGUGCGCUUCGGCAUCCCAGAAGAGGGUGAUGGCACCAUGGUGUCCCUGGCCGUGCUUGUGGUGGUGGCGGCUGCCCUGCCCAUGGUGGUCAUGUUCUUCUGUAAAAAUCUAUCAGGGAGGGUGAUGAACAAGCUCUCUGCCCACGGCAGGGUCAUGGGUAUGGCAGUCAGGGCCUCUGCCAAUUCCCCACAGGGGAAACUGAGGCACGGGGGCUAG